AGACCGGCCUGGGAUCAUGCCGCACCGUGAAGUGGCCAAGGGUGUCCGCCAAGCACCGGCCGUGCUUCGUAAGUCCACCGUCACGUCCAGCAAACAAGCGGACGAGGAACCCGUGAGCACGGUGCAAGCUGUGGGGCACCUCUCGCUGCUGCUCCUGUGCCUGGCAGCGCUGGGCGUGUCCUGCUAUGCCUUCUACCUGUACUACCUGCUGCCCCUGCUGGGACCACCUUCGCAGGAGGCACGCUACUACCAGGAUGCCCCGUGGAUGCCGUCCGGUGGGCCCGUCCAGGGAGCUCGUCGUGUCUGCAACUUCUCCGUGGACCUGGGUGCGCCGGCGCACAUCGUGGACGACCGCUUUGUCUCGUUCAACCUGGACGCCGCCCUCUUCCGCCGGUCAUGGGACUGGCUAGAGCUUGACCUCGAGAACCCUCGUCUGCUGGCGCUGUGUCGUUCCCUGGCGCCGAGCCUCCUCCGUGUUGGAGGCACGACGAGCAACCUGCUGCUGUUCAGUGAGAAAAAUCGCACCGCGCCGGACCCGGUGCGAGACUGGCAGAACAACGUGCUCUAUCCGGAGUACAAGGGGCCGCUCGUCAUGCACGGCGACGACUGGAUACGCCUGAACACGUUCGUGAAGGCCGUCGGCUGGGAGCUUCUGUUCAGUCUCAACGGGCUGAACAGGCGCAGCGGGGCCUGGGACUCGUCCAACGCCGUGCGUCUGCUGCGGUUCAGCGACAUGCUCAAGCUCAAGGUGCACUGGCAGCUCGGAAGCGAACUGGAGGCCACAGGUCUGGUGCAUGCGGACGAGCUGGCGCGCGACUACGGCGCUCUGAGACACCUGCUCCUCUUUUGGCCGGCGAAGGGCAACCUUGUGGGUCCGGACAUCGGGGACACCUCGCCAGACGCCCUCGCGUUCCUUGACAGUUAUCUAUUUCCCAACAGUUUCGUCGAGGACGCGUACAAGAGUAUCGACGCUGUGACCUUCCACUACUAUCACCACCGAAACCCCGAGGGAACUCUGGCCGACAUCCUGAACGGGACAACGCUGCGCGGUCUCUCGGACAGCAUCCAGCAGCUGUGGUCGGUGCUGAAGCGAAACGGACUGCACAAGUCGCUGUGGAUCACUGAGGCAGCGUCUGCCGCCGGCGACGGACUGCUAGCCAUCUCGGACACAUACGCGUCGUCGCUCGUUUGGCUUGACACACUGGGCGCGGCCGCCAGGCAGGGCGUUUCGGUGGUGUUCCGCCAGGACCUGGUGCAGGGCAACAACCGGUUGCUUGCCGACGACGAGUUCCGACCGCUGCCUGACUACUGGAUCAGCCUGGUGCACAAGCGGCUGGUCGGCACCCGUGUGCUCCAGCUGCGCACGCAGCCCAGGGACGACGCAGUGCGGCUGUACGCCCACUGCCUCAGGGAUGGAGCCAUCAAGGGUCACCGUGGCGGGGUGAUCGUGUUCGGCCUGAAUCUAUCCAACGAGACGGCCGUGCUGUCGGCCAAGGAUCCCGAGCUGCAGGCGAGUCAUGUGAUGGCUUACGCAGUGGGGCCCGACCCCGCCGGAAACCUGGUGGCGGAGGAUGUGCUGCUCAACGGACGCCGCCUGACGCUUAGCGAGACCCUCCGCUUCCCGGACAUCUUGCCGGCCGUCCUCCAUCCUCGGCAGCCCAUGGCCAUCGGCGCUUACUCGAUGGCCUUCUUCGUGUUCGCCGACUACAAAGCGCCCGCCUGCACUGGAACUUUCUGACCUUCUUCGCCUCGUCCUGAAAGAGGCUCAUGCG